GGCAGAUCUCCUCCCUUCUGUUAAGCGUCAUUCCCGGACACGCUAAUUCGUUAUAUAGCCGGGAAUUUGACUUUUCAGAUAAUUUUCCCACUGUAUUUACUCACACACACGAAUGCAUUUCGAGUAUCGUCUUUUUGUCGCAAUCGCUUCCAUUUUAUGCUUGGCGAAUGCGUGUCCUAUUGCUUUUAAUCGGGACGUGAACGGUAACUCAACCAAUCGCCAAGCGGUGGGCGACAGUCCACACCUUUGGCCAAACGGAAUCGUCCCGUACGUGAUAGACAAUAAAUACGAUGCGGCAAGUAAGGCGAUCAUUCUCGAUGGCAUCGCAGAAUUCGGCAAGUACACUUGCAUUAAAUUUGUACCUCGUACGACUCAAUCAGAUUACAUCAUCUUCACGGAGCAUUCGUCAGGAUUGUGCUGGACUGGUAAAUGGGGAGAACGACAGCUGGAAGUCGGACGACUUGGAGGUGUCCAGUACGUGUCUUUGAUCGUAGCAAAGAAUUGCCUGCGUAAGUUCAACGUCAUGCACGAACUGAUGCACAGCCUCGGCUUCUAUCACGAACAGCAACGAGAUGAUCGCGACAAGUACAUUAAAGUUUUCUACGACAACAUCGUCGAAGAUCAACACCAGGUUUCGUACGGUAUCAGAUACACAUCCACAGGUGCGGCUAAUAACUUAGAAACACCUUACGAUUACAAUUCCAUUAUGCAUUACCAUGCGUAUUCGUUCCCCAAAGAUCAAUCGAGGCCUGUAAUGGCCGCAGUUGACGGCUGUUCCCGUUUCGGAAACGAGAAACAAUUUAGCAAGGUCGAUGUGCUGAGAAUAAACAGGCUCUACAAAUGCCCAGCUCCCUAUAAACCACCACCACCUAAGGUGACCUAUGAUGAUGUGUACGACGACAACGAGUAUUGUCCAUAUUGGGCUCAAGCUGGCGAAUGUACCAAUAAUGCCGGCUACAUGAAUGUGUACUGCAAGAAAUCGUGCGGGAUCGGCAGCUCUGAUUGUCCAUCUUGCAAAGAUGACAAUGAAUAUUGCCCAUCGUGGGCGGCUGCAGGAUACUGUAGCAGCGAUCCGACUUAUCUAUCGUACAUGUACAACAACUGCAGGAAAUCUUGCGAAAUUUGCUGAAAGGGCUAACAUUAAAACGUUUGCUCUCUUGGUAUAAUUGUAGCAAAAUUGAUUGACUACAACAUGUUGGCUAAGGAAA